UUCAACGUCAACAUGCCGAGUUUGGGGUGAUAUUUAUUUUUGUUAAUUCCGUGUAAUUUGAAGCGAAGAUGGAUUCUAGCGACGCCCUGGAAGAUAAGGACAGUGGGCCUGACGUGCAGAUCACGUUCCCGAGCUCGGUCACCAGCAGAAUUGAAGAGUUGAUGGGAGGCAUUGAUCAGUUCGACAGUGCUGAAUUCGACCCAGUGGCAUAUAUAAACAAGGUGUUCCCAACGGAGCAGUCUCUGGCGGGCGUCGAGUCGGCGGCGGCGCGCUGCGAGUUCCACCUGGCCAGCGUGGAGGGCGACAUCCGGCGCCUCGUGCGUGCGCAGGCGCAGCAGCGCGACGCGGGCCAGCGCGCGCUGCUGCAGGCCACCGCCUGGAUCGGGGAGCUGGCUGGACAGGUGGCAGACAUAAACAAAGCAGCGGAACGCAGUGAAGGCAUGGUGCGUGAGAUCACAGCGGAGAUCAAGCAGCUGGACUGUGCCAAGUGGAACCUCACCGCCGCCAUCACCACCCUCAACCACCUGCACCUGCUGGCGCGGGGGCUGGCGGCGCUCAAGGACCAGGCCCGCGCCCGCCAGUACAGGGAGCUGGUGCACCCGCUGCAAGCCAUCAUGGAGGUCCUCCAACACUUCGAGUGCUACAAGGACAUCGGGGAACUGAACUCUCUCCGGGAGCAGGUCCAGGUCGUCCGGGACCAGCUGGGCGGGCAGAUCCUGACUGACUUUAAGGAUUUCUUCGCCAACCGAGGUUCUGUGCCGCCCAAGACCAUAGCCGAGGCGUGCGCGGUCGUUGACGUGUUAGAACCGAAGGUCAAGCAGGAACUGUUGACCUGGUUCAUAGACAUGCAGUUGCAGGAGUACCAGGUGCUGUUCGCGGCGGACGAGGAGAGCGCGUGGGUGGGGUGCGUGGAGCGGCGCUACGCGUGGCUCAAGAAGCACCUGCUGGCCUUCGAGGAGUCUCGCGCUGCGCUGUUCCCGCAGCGCUGGAGGCUCAGCGAGCGGACCGCGCACCGGUUCUGUGUCGUGACCCGCGAGGAGCUGAGCAAGAUCCUGGCGGCGCGGCGCGACGAGCUGGACGUGAAGCUGCUGCUGUACGCCAUCCAGAAGACGCACAACUUCGAGCUGCUGCUGCACAAGCGGUUCCUCGGCGCCGAGGGGGGGGACGAGCUGCGCGCGCACGACCCGCCCGCCGCCUUCCACUUCGACGACACGGAGCAGCCGGUGGAGUACCCCCCGGGCACGUCCCCGUGGGUGGGCGUGAUCGGCGCGUGCUUCGAGCCCUACCUGUCGCUGUACAUCUCCAGCCUCGACCACAACCUGCGACAGCUCAUCGACAGGUUCAAACAGGACGCGCGGGCGGAGGCGGAGGCGGGGGCGGAGGCGGGCGCGGGCGCGGGGGUGGGGGGCAGCGGCGCGGGCGCCGUGCUGGGCAGCUGCGCCGACCUGUUCCUGUUCUACAAGAAGUGCCUCGUGCAGUGCGGACGGCUCACCACGGCCGAGCCCAUGCUGGAGCUGGCGGGCGUGUUCGCGAAGUACCUCCGCGAGUACGCCACGUCGGUGCUGGGCGCCGCCCUGCCGCGGGCCGCGUCGGCGGGGCUGGCCGGGAACAUGCCCAGCAUCGUGUCCAACCUGCACACGCUGCUUAGAGACGACACCAACAACACUACACGGUACACGAAGCAGGAGAUAUGCAAGAUAACCAGCGUGAUCACGACGGCGGAGUACUGCCUCGAGACCACCGUUCACCUGCAGCAGAAGCUCAAGGAGAAGGUGUCUCCCCGACUAGCCGACCGCAUCGACUUAGGACCAGAACAAGAAAGGUUCCACAAGUUAAUAUCCAGCUGCAUCCAGCUGCUGGUGGCGGACUUGGAGCUCGCUGCCGAGCCCGCUCUGGCCGCCAUGGCGCGGGUGCCCUGGACCCACGUCCACAGCGUGGGGGACCAGAGCACCCACGUCACCAUGAUCAUCAUGCACCUUAACAACACAGUCCCCACGCUGCGCGACGCCCUAGCGUCUUCUAGAAAGUACUUCACGCAAUUCUGUAUAAGGUUCGCGAAUUCUUUCAUACCUAAAUUCAUACAAAACAUAUACAAGUGCAAGCCUAUAUCCACAGUGGGCUCCGAGCAGCUGUUGCUGGAUACUCAUAUGUUGAAAACGGCGUUGUUGGAGCUGCCAUCUAUCGGCAGUGAGGUGAAGCGCCCGGCGCCCGCGACGUACACCAAAGUAGUGAUCAAACUCAUGACGAAAGCUGAAAUGAUUCUGAAAGUUGUGAUGGCUCCGCUAGACGGGAACCUGGAAGGGUUCGUGGCGCAAUUCGUACAGUUACUGCCAGACUGCACGUUGGCAGAGUUCCAUAAAGUUUUGGACAUGAAAGGAGCGAAGCUGUCGAAGGCACAGCAGGUUUCUUUAGACAGCCUGUUUAAGCAGGCUUCCAAGUCACAUAGUGAAGGGAAUUAGUCAUUUCACAUGGUAUAAACACAUGAUUAUAUCCCAAUGGGGUAGUAUAGUCAUGAGCAAUAUAAUGUACCCACUUUAGGACUCUGUCGCACUAACAUAUUUGACAUUUAGUGAGACUUACAGUUCAAUUUGUCAAAAAAGUUAAAGUGUCAUGGUACCAAAGUGUAUACAUAUUAAUGCUCGUGACCGUACGUACAUCCAUCGCAAGAUGAACUAAGUACCCACACCUCACCGAGCUUUCUGUUAGACCAAUGUGAUAGGUGAGCCGUAUCGCCGUCUGUAAUGGUCGAGACGAUGUUGAAAACUGCACUUAUGAUAACUUAAUAACAUACUGGUACCAACCCCAUCAAUCCUGGUGCCAGGGUUACUUAGGGUCGGUUAGGGUUAUUGAGGGUUUCUAUUGGGGUUGGUAAUCCACCUCACAACCCACCCGAUAGAAGAAGAAUAACAUACUGGUGUAAGUCCGGUACCGGGAUUCGAUCCCGCGCUCCCAUUUGAGAAGCAAGACGGUGUACCACAAGACCACAGUGACU